AUAUGUCACACAAAACACUAUGUCGUCCUUCAUAAAAGGACUUAGAUAGUGUUGAUAGUGAAAGAAAAAAAAAACGGGCCAGUAGUUCUUGAUAUGUUCAAACAAACUCUUCUGCUUUGUAGACAUAUUUAUGUUAGGUAAUAGCAGUAACAGGUAUAGUCUAUGGGUAUAGAUAAAUGUGGAUUACAGUGCGUAAUAUAUAAACCAAACAGUACGUAUGUACAUUUUUUUAUAAAUAAGUUGCAUCUUUCUGCGCAGGCACGUAUUUUACAAUUGGAAGAUAUCUUAUAAUUUUCCUCAUAUUUCAUUUAAUACCAUUAAUAUAUUUUUUUAAUUAUAGACUGAAUAAAGUGAAAUUUUAUAUGAACACGAUAUCUUUAAGACAUAAACUAAAUUGAUGACAAGGAACAACGUCACCAUAAAUUUUAUAUAUCUGUCAAUAGUGAAUUUGAUAUUAUGUCAAUGUCACACUAUUCGCCGAAGAAAAUCACGAAAAAAUUAGUUUUUUUUUAACACAGAAUAAUGCUGAAAUAACAGUUUUAUACUAAAUUAAGCAAUCACCCAAGUAAAUUCUUCAUAAUUAGUGGCAAUUUCAAUCAUGGCGCGGAGAUAUCGCGAUGCGGCCGCAAAAUUACAGGAAAAUGUUCACAAGCAUUUAAAAGAAAUGAAAGACCUGUCUUCGUCUGAAGAUGAGGAGCCGUAUGAGCCGAGCGUCCUGGAAGGUGUAUUCCAAAGCUACUGGCGAGGUGGCGGAGACAAGCAGAUGCUGAACAGGACAAAGAAUCUUCUCGAAGAAGCUUUAAGUGGCCGGUCUGUUACGUGUUUAAUUUGUAUAGGAUCUAUCAAGAGAGUCGAUGCAAUAUGGACUUGCGAUCAUUGCUUUUCUUAUUUUCAUCUUUUAUGCAUUCAAAAAUGGGCAAAUGACUGCACAAGUCUGCGAUUAGAGGAGCCUCAGGCUCCGAUCGCCGUGUGUAAGCCAAAGAAAAUAGAAUGGUGCUGUCCGAAGUGUAGGAACUCCUAUACGAAAGAGGAGAUACCGCGUAAGUACCGAUGUUUCUGUGGAAAAACUGAUGAUCCACCCUAUCAUCCUUGGUUAGUGCCACACACCUGUGGAGAAGUAUGCGGAAGACGCCUGUCACAAGGUGAUAAUUGCAAACAUAAGUGUUUACUGCUCUGCCAUCCUGGUCCAUGCCCUCCUUGUCCCCAAACAGUAAAUGGCAUUUGUUAUUGUGGCAAAGAACAGAAGAAGGUACGUUGUAGCACAGCAAAGUGGCCUUGUGGCCAGCCAUGCAAGAAAAAACUGCUCUGCAAAUCUCAUAGUUGUAAAAAUCUAUGUCAUGAAGGUGACUGCCCUCCAUGCACAUAUACUAGUCUUCAAUGCUGUCUCUGCGGUUCAGAAACUAUAAAACGACCGUGCAACGAUGUUGAAUGGCGGUGUACCAAAGUUUGUGGCAAAGCCUAUUCUUGUGGUUAUCACAAAUGUCAAGAAGUAUGUCACGCUGGAUCUUGUGGACCUUGUCCAAAUUCCGGUUUGAAAUCAUGCCCAUGUGGAGCAAAUCAACAAUACAUAGAGUGUCCUGACACUAUAGAAACAUGUUUAGGCACAUGUGGAAAGAAACAUGAUGAUUGUGAGCAUGUUUGUCCGGAAAAGUGUCACAAAGGUCAAUGUCCUCCAUGUCGAGUACAGAUUGAAAAGAAAUGUGUAUGCUCAACACACACAAGAUCAUUACCAUGCAGCAAGGAAUUUAGAUGUGAGACAAAGUGUAGAGGCAUCAGGCCAUGUGGUAAGCAUUAUUGUGCACGUAAAUGUUGUAAUGGAAGUUGUCCGCCCUGUGAAAAAGUCUGUGACAAGCCUUUACAGUGUGGAAGGCAUAAAUGUACCACAAUUUGUCAUGGUGGGCCAUGCUAUCCGUGCACAAGGGAAACUAAAAUAACAUGUAAAUGUAAAGAAACAUAUAUCACAGUUCCAUGUGGCAGGGAGAAGCAUAUCAAGCCCCCGAAAUGUCAUCUACCAUGUAAGUUCAAAUAUAAGUGUGGACACAUUGAUGAAAACAAACAUACCUGUCACUUUGGUACCUGUCCAUCAUGUAAAGCUAUUUGCAAGAAAUCUUACAGUAAGUGCGAUCACACUUGUGAAGCAUUAUGUCAUGAGUAUGUUUCUGUUGUUUUCAAACAAGUGGAAAAGCCAGUGAUGCCUUGGGAAGUUCAACCACCGAAAGCUAAGGUUGUUGCUUUGGACUGUCCGCCUUGCAAAACGCCUGUCCCAGUCGUUUGUUUCGGCGAACACGACACAGAGAUGCAGCCUUGUCACUCUGCGGCGCGGCGAUGUUGUGGCAGAGAAUGUGGAAAAGAUCUCGCCUGCGGUAAUCAUAAAUGUUCACUUUUAUGUCACUUGUACCUUUCAGAUCCCAAUUAUCCAAAUGUGGCUUAUACAUGCAGGCCAUGUAAUAGAGAGUGUAUGAAGCCCCGCCCAGAAAAAUGCUUGCAUAAGUGUCCAAAACGUGAAUGUCACCCAGGAUCAUGUCCUCCUUGUGAGGUUUUAGAAAGAGUCAAAUGCCAUUGUGGACUCACAGAGCUAUACUUAGCAUGUCGUGAAUUGAUAACUGCCUCUGAUGAACAGUUAAGUUGCAAGCAACAGUGUCCAAAGUCACUAGAUUGUGGGCAUAAAUGUAAAAGUAUAUGCCACAAAGGGCCUUGUGGUGUCAAUCAAAUGUGUACAAAAAAGACUAAAGUAUACUGCCCUUGUGGAAAUUUAAAGAAAGAAGCACCAUGCAAUCUUGUUAGAAAGUCUGAAAUUAGUGUAGCUUGUGAUGACACAUGCGUGGCAAAAAAACUCGCGGUACUCGCUGAAAAAGAGAAAGAGGAAAAGAGACUGAAGGAGUUGGAAGAAGAGAGAAACCGUAGAGAGCUAGCUGAGUAUGAAUGGAAAAUGAGUGGGAAAAAGAAGAAAUACAAAGAAAAGAAAGUUGUUGUUAAUGAAGACAACAGGAAUUUCGUUCAGAAGUAUUGGGUUCCUAUUUUGUCAAUUGUGGUUUUAAUUAUGUCAGGAUGUGUGUAUUUAUUUAUAUCUUAGUUAUUGAUAAACAACAAGAUUGACCAGAAAUUGUAUAAGUUUUACUGUUUAGAUUUUAUAAGGGUAAUUUAAUAUUUUAAUUGUAGCUAUUUAUUUGAGAAUUGGUGAUAUAAAUUUGUAUUAUUUUAUACAUUGGACUGAAAGAAACUUUCAUCUCAUAACAACCCUGUGUGCUUUGUGCAUAAAAUAAUAUUCUACUAGUAUAACCAUGUAAGAUAUUUUAUUUUAUGCUUAUUCUUAAAGGAAAAUUUUUGCAAUCUUGAUUUGACUUGUAUUACUUUAUAACAUUACAUAUUAAAAAAACAAUUUUUAUAGCUCAAUUUUAUUCUAUGUUCUAUGUAAAUCUUUAGGCACAGAUAACAUGACACCAUACUUUUAAGUUUGGAAUUUAUUUUUCAUUGAAAAUUUAUUCAUAUAUAAUUUAUAUGUAUAUAGUUUAGUUUUUAUUAUGUGGAGAAAGUGGAAGUUGUUUUAAAAAACAAAAUGUUACUCAAAUUGACAAACUAAGUAAAAUAUUUUUUUAGUUUGAAGAUAUAUGGUUAACAAAAAGCGAGUUUAUGA